AUAUGGUUGCUGAGUAAUGCGCGUUUCAAGAUAUCGUCCCGUAGUUUAUCUACAAUUGUUGUUUCUCUUCUUCGACAUUUUCAUCAAUUCGUUUGGUGAUUUAUUCAGAACAGAAGACGUAAUCCUAUUAGUGCUGUAUAUCAUUCAAGAUGUUUGCAUUUUGUUCGCAUUGAUUGUCGUGUUUUUGGUGUUCUUCAACACUUACAUAUUUCAAGCUGGACUUGUGUUCUUGCUCAUUCGAAAGUUCAAGACAACAAUCACCAUAACUGUCUUUUAUCUUUUUCUUUCUCUGGGUUUGCAUGUCUGGACUAUGACAAGGAAAUGGGGAGAUCCACAGAAGUACAUUUGGGAUGGUGGAUAUCAAGUUGUUUAUGUAAUUCAAAGAUUAGGUUCUGUUUUAUAUUACUAUUAUUACAAAAGAACGUGCCUGAAGCUUGGGGAUCCAAGGUACUACCAGGAGUCUCAAUGGUUGCGCAACGAAUUUGCGCGUCUACAUUAAUUUAUAACGACGGGUUGUGAGUGAUCAUCGAGUUAGAAGAUCUGACAUUGAUAUCAUGUUGAGUUGUUCGCGUGAAGGUCUGGGGCGAGUCGUACGAUAUGUUGCGUUGACGAUGUUCGUUGGGCGAUGAAGUAUCCGUGUUGAAACGAGUUUCUUCUCUGCGAAACAUGGAAAUUAUUUUGCCUUUAUUUCUCUAUCAACCAACAAGGUUGACGUUUGUUGUCACUUAAAGUUUACGAUCAAUCAAGACAAUCGAAUUAUCUAUCGUCUUUUCUACUGUUUUUAUGUUACAUUUAUCUUUCUUGUCGCAAGAAUGUUUUUCUUUCACCUCAAAUCAAAAGUAUCUGGUAAAAUGUUGCCAUUUUUUAUGUGACGUAAAUAAAAAAUCCCUAAAGAAUGUCUUGGAUCCAGACUUUUAUGCAUGUACGUAUAUAUUAUAAAUAAGUUUUUAAUUGUAAAUAUACAGCGGGUUUAAGCGUGUCGUGUUCCAUAGUAUAAGACAAAAUAUUAAUAUAAAUAAAAUUAAUAUAAGUUAAGAUUUAUCCUUAAUUAUAUAAACAAUAAAUUGAUCAGUGUACGAUUACUCUUAAAUAAAGUUAACCAACGUUUUUGCUUGGAUAAAGUUAUGUUACAUAACAAGUACAUUAUCCAACCUUUAAACUUGAAUAAAGUUAUGUUGUA